CACACAUGCCAGGAGCCACGAGAGAAGCGUAGACAAGGUCAGAAGGUUAUCGCCGGCGAUAAGCUUCUCCGCGGCAGUCCGAUUCAGGCCAACGGGAGAAGCUUCGUCAGACCGAAAUAGUUGAGCUGCAGACAACGCCAUGAGCAGAUCCCUCGUCCUGAUCCUUUUGCUGGCUCUCAGCAGCCUGGAGCUGCUGCAGGCCCGCUCCCUGCCGGACAGACCGCACAGGCGGUACAUACGCAGACGCGUGUCGCCCACGAACCCGGAUGUGGAGAUUGUGGAGGUCAGGGAUGUGUACCUCAUACAGCGGCCCAAGAAGGUGGUCACCACGAUCGACGAGGAUGAGCUGGACUGGCGCAUUCGCUGCGACUUCAAUCCGAGUCUCGAUGAGUGCAAAAGUUUAGGCAAAAAACCAGUGGCUUCUGCUUUACCAACAACUAAAGCCACCACUACCACCACCACACCGAGACCCACAACCACUGCCACCACUCCUGAGGCGAUUUUAGAUGAUUGUGACUUUAAUCCCACUUUAGAAAAAUGCGCUCCUUCCACCACUUCCACCACUUCAACUUCUUCUACGACAACCACCACAACCACAACGGAGUUGCCUGUGCUGGCGGAAUCCACAGAACCUGAACCGGAAUACGAUGAAGAACCCGAAGAAGAAACCGAAACCCAGCCAGAAACCGAAACCGAAACCCAAACAGAAACCCAACCCGAACCGGAGGAGCCUGAUUAUGAAGCACAACCAAAUCCUGACGAGAAUAUUGAACUGGAAGAGGACAAUGGCGACGAUGAUGAUGGCGAUGAAGACGAGCCAGAGGAUGCGGAUGAUGAUGACACUGAUACCAACAAUGAGGAAGGAUCCAGUUUCAUAGGGUUUAAUGAUCAGUCCGAGUGGAAUUAAUCUGGAUAACUUUCCAAAAGCGGAAGCUUGUUUCCUAAAUUGAUUUGCAAUAAAUUACGGAAAUAAUAGUGGA